GUUUUGGGAGCGGAGUGAAUGUGGAUGUGGAGAGAGAGAGAGAGAAAGAGGAGGACGAGGCAGCAGGGAUUUAGCGCAGAAACCUUUGGGGCUUAAAGUGACAACAUAGUGAUCUCAGCUACAUUCCUGAUUGGGCAACAGUUGGUGACAUGAUGGCGCAAGUUCUUCAUAUGGAUGCCGCCCACUUCCCAGGGAAGCCUGGUCCUUCUCUCUCAGCCAUAAAAGACCCAGAGGUGGCCUAUUCGGUGGAGACGCCCUAUGGUUACCGCUUGGAUUUGGACUUCCUCAAAUAUGUUGAUGACAUAGAAAAGGGCCACACUAUAAAACGAGUGCCAGUGCACCGCCGACCCCGCUAUGGCUCCUUGCCCCGUGGCCCAGGAUACACAGGCUCGUGGUGGACCUCUACGGAAUCCCUCUGCUCCAAUGCGAGUAAUGAUAGCCGCCACUCUUCUUACUCCUACUGUGGAAGAAGCUUCUACCCAGCGUAUGAGAGCAGAGGUGGUGCACAGGCUCCACAUAACUUUAAUCCAAGGGUGGAGAAGACAUUGCUCGAUGCCAGUAAGAAGUUGGAAGCAGGGCAGUCUCGCCCUCUGAGCCUUGGAUGUCGCUCCACCAGCUCUCUGUCUACUCAGUCUCUAUCUCGCUUGCCCUCAACCUCUUCACAGCAGAUGUCUUCGUUCACCCCCCUAAGCUCUGGGAUGUCUACUCCAGUAUCUCCUUCCCCAGCCCAGCUCCAGCAUGUGCGAGAGCAGAUGGCAGUGGCACUCAAGAGGUUGCGCCAGCUAGAGGAACAGGUGAAGAUGAUCCCUGUCCUGCAGGUGAAGAUCUCCGUUCUCCAGGAAGAGAAACGCCAGCUCAGCGUCCAACUCAAAAGCCAGAAAUAUCUUGGACACCCACGGGGUAACACUAGGGGCAAGGACAGAGGUGAGCUUUACAUAGAGAUUCCAGAGGAAGAGUCAAAGGUGGAGAAAGAAGAAGGUGAAGAUGAAGUAGUGGGUAAGGUGGAACCCCAAAAGGAAGAGAUGAAACAGGAAGAAGCCAAAAGAACAAAAGAUGUGUGCAAGAAAGAGAUGGUGGAAACCAGCAGUGCACCUGGGAAAAAAAUGUGCAGUGUUGGGGUGUGGGUGCGAGAGACAGACUUUGCCCCAGUUCCCAUAAGGCAGCUAGAGGCAGACAAGCAGAAGAUGCUGGUCCAGGCUCUGUCUGCCAAAAUAGCGGUUCUUGAAAAGCAACUUGGCCGAGCAUUAAUAGAAGUUCAAAAUGCCAACCACAAGCUGGAGGAGGCAGAAAAGGCAAGGAGAGCCGAGGAGGUGUCAAAGAGGGAGAAGAAGGAGGAGGUGCGGGCAGAUGGUGUCAAAGUGGCCAGGGUGGAGCGAGGCAGUGAGGUGGUCUCCAGCACCAAAGUAGGACACGGGGUCCAGCCACAGAGAGCACGAGGCCUGGAAUGGAGGGGAGGAACAGUAAAAGCAACAGAAGGAGAGGAGGAACGGGUCUACAAAAGCAGGGAGGUUGUGGAGAAGCCAUUACUCUCUCCCUCAGGACCACUUCCCACAAUCCAUCUAGUCAAGAAGAUCAGCAUCACUGGUCACUGUACUACAGAAGAGCCUGCGACACAGGGGAAUAUGGGAGAGGUCCCCUCCCUGGGCCAGACAACUACGAGGAGUGAGUUUAUUGUUUCCACUGCGGAGAGAAGAGAAGGAGACAUCGCAGACACAAGUAAGGAGCAAGAUAAAGGCCAGAGGAAUCUGCAGGAGGAACAACAAGUGAACCCUCUCCAAUACCCCCGCCUGAAUGGAGAAAUGGACUCGGCAUCUUCAGAGGAUUCUGGGACUAUGGAGAAUCCUUCAGACAGUGAGAGCACGGAAAGUGAAUAUCAUGAGGCGAGCGAGGCACCAGCAGGGGCACAAGCUGAACUGAACUUGUUAGAUGUGAAUAUCAGUAAUAUCCCAAAGAAUACAGAGAAGGAACAACCAGCUGCCCCCACAGCCACAAUGUCUCCCCUCAGGCCUACACCGAGAGUGGAGCUGAGUAAUGUGCUGAUUUCGGGUUGUGUGGCCCUUCAGAAGUGUCUAGAUGAAGGAAUGGCACUUCCAGACAUAGAGAAGACUGCAGCACAUGGUGCAAUUUUGCAGGAAUGGAUGAAGAUCCUGCGGCAGAAGGACGUAGACCCGUCCGUGAUUCGUCACCAUCUAACAGUGUUUCGUGCCAUGUCUCCACGCCUGCUGGAAGUCAUCAUAAACAUGGCCGACGGCAAGGGGAACACGGCAGUGCACUAUGCAGUGUCUCAGUCUAACUUCACUGUGGUCAGGCAGCUCCUGGAUACGGGCCUAUGUGAUGUAAACAGACAGAAUAAGGCCGGUUUCACACCCCUCAUGCUCACGGCCCUGGCGGCUUUUCGGUCUAAUGAAGACAUCGAGACAGUGACGCAGAUGCUACGCCUGGGAGACGUGAACUGCAGAGCCAGCCAGGCUGGCCAGACAGCUUUGAUGUUGGCCGUCAGUCAUGGGAGGUUGGAUGUGGUUCGGGCUCUGCUGGCAUGUGGAGCAGACGUCAACAUACAAGAUCACGAUGGCUCCACGGCACUUAUGUGUGCAUGUGAACACGGACACGCUGAUAUCGUCUGUCUGCUCUUGGCUGUACCUGCAUGUGAUGUGUCACUCACAGAUAAUGAUGGAAGUACAGCUCUGUCUAUUGCGCUGGAAGCUGGACAGAAUGAUGUUGCAAUGCUGCUCUCUGCACAUAACUCCAAGACAUCCAAUCAGGAUAAAGCAACAGACCCAAAAUGCCAGAGAGUGAACCCAUCAGAUGAAUCCCAGUAAGAGGAGGAAUUUGGGUGACGCUCAAGUGGGGGCCACAGAGACACUGCAUGCCGUCCAAAGCUAUAAGUGGCCCCUGUAACACUGCACUGCAAAACCACUUGGAUUAUACACUCGGCUUCAGCACCAUGGAGAGAGGGAGGGGAGAGAUAGAGGAAGAGAGAAGCUACAGCAGAGGGAGCAGCGAGAGAGAAUCCAGAGGGAGAAGCUAAGGGAAAGCAGAAAUAGUUGAUGUAAGGAAGGGAAAUAAUGAGGGAAUCAGAGAAAGGAGAAUGGGAAAGUAAGUGGAGAUUAUGGAAAUGGAUGUAGAGAGAUGAGGAGGAUCAGGUUUGUAUUUAGGAGCAGAGGGGCCCAUGGAAAAAGAGACUUAGUGUGGCACCACUAUUUAUAUCAAGCAGUUCCAACCUUUUGCCCUUGAGUUGUUGCUCAACUAAAAGACUAGACACUCCCCAACAUCAGCGCAUCAGGGAAUAAUUGCGCAACAACAGAAGUUGGGCAAAAAUGCUAAAAAGUUCAGUUGCCGUCUCUUCAUACUAAAGCUGCAAUGCCACAGGCCAAUCCCAGGGGGCGCUGCUUGUUAAUUUGAGGCACAUAACUGAGCUUUUGUCAUUCAUUUCUAUUUUAUUUAUACCCCCCUGGGCUAGUGACCACUGCUUGCAACCCCUCCGAGGACUGGUCUGGCCCUAAAAGACAACAAGGGCAACGAAGGCCUGUGAUUGGUGGGUUAUUUUCUAAAGGGAAAGUCAACUCUCAAGUCAAAGAAGGGGAGACUGAGGGCUGUUGUGAAAGGUUGAAUAGUGAAAAGACUGAGAAUGUGAAAAGAAGAGAGUGGAGAGAGGUAGGAGAUGCCAUAGCAAUAACACAGGGUUGGGGAAAAGCCUCACCUUUCUCCUCUGUACCAGUCAGUUAAGCUCAUUCCAUAUGAUUCAGCAAUAAUACAGUUGUUAUACAGGCACUGCAAUUUAUAUAUUUUUGUUAUGCAUACAUAUAUGUAUUUUAUAAAAACUGUAUCACUAUAUAUAUAUAAUUGUAAAGAAUAUAUAUAUGUA